AUGAAUGCAAUGAAGAAAAAUUGGUUUACGGAAUCAUGUGAAAUGUGGCCUGGGAGCACUUUUUCAUUUGAGGUAAAGGAAGUGCUGCAUGAAGAAAGAUCUCCAUACCAGAAUAUACAGGUGUUUGACACUAUCAGUUUGGGCAAAGUGCUCGUUUUAGAUGGAAUUAUUCAAUGCACACAAAAAGAUGAAUUCUCAUACCAGGAGAUGAUAUCUUUUCUACCACUCUGUUGUCAUAAAAACCCUGAGAAGGUUCUCAUAGUUGGUGGAGGAGAUGGAGGUGUUGCCAGGGAUGUAGCUAAGCAUCCACAAGUUAAGGAAAUAGUACAGGUCGAGAUCGAUGCAAAAGUCAUAGAAGUGUCAAAGAAACACCUUCCAUUCAUGGCAGUGGGUUUUGAAAGCAAAAAACUCACUCUACACGUCGGGGACGGUUUCGAGUUUAUGAAAAAUCACAGUCACGAGUUUGACGUCAUCAUAACCGAUAGUAGCGACCCAAUCGGUCCAGCAGUUAGCUUAUUUCAAGAAAAUUACUUUGCAUUGAUGAAAAGUGCUUUAAAACCCGGCGGUAUUGUGUGUUCCCAAGCGGGGACAUUCUGGGAUAGUAUGGAUUUAGUUAGGAAUACACUACGUUUCUGCAAAAAUCAAUUUCCAGUGGCCGCUUACGCCACUACCUCAGUUCCUACUUAUCCGUGCGGACAAAUAGGAUUUGCUUUAGGCUCUCUGGACCCAAAUACGCAACUGGAUAAACCACUCAAAGUUUUCUCUAAAGAAGAAAUUAACAAUAUGAACCUCAGGUACUACAACAGUGACGUGCACAAAGCCGCGUUCUCACUGCCCUCCUUCGUGAAACAAGAAAUUGAGUCU